AUGGUUUCUCAAUCAUCGCUACCGUUAAAUUUUAUUGUUCGAAUCAAUGAGUUGGGAUGUUGUUUCAGCAAUAUCGACAGAUUCCCAAUUAAUAUAGAUCCAAGUAGUUUUCCUUUGAAAAGUCUCCGUACUGUAAUCAGAGAACCCGAUUAUCUGAAUCAUCCAAUUUUGACUUCUGCAAAGAUACUCAUCGUUGUAGACGGAAUUGACCGAGUCAUACAAUUAGUCAAUCAAAAUAACACGAAUAAGCGUGUGAAAUUUGAAAUGUCUAGUUUCCGUAUCGAAGAUCUUCUGAGUUUGGUAAGAUGCUGGAAGGACAAUAGCAAAGAAAUAGGGACAACAUUCAAGUUCCGUGAUUAUACGAACAACCAGAGUGUUAUGUAUUUCUUGUUGCAGGAGCUGAAGGAAUUUAAAAUUGAGAGUGAUCAUCAUUCUUCAAUUCUGAGAGUUCCUAUCAAUAGGACUGCCGAUAUACAUAUAUCUCAUGACAACGGAGAUUAUAUUGUCGUGGAAGUGGUUCCAUCGACUUUGAAAAAAGAAAGUAAUGCUACUGAAGAGCCAUGUUGCAGUAAGAGAGCAAGACACUCGUGA